UGUUCGGGCAGAUACAAGGAGAGUAAUAGUGUUCCUACUUUACUAGCAACUGCAUCAUAGGAUCAUGCUGCAGAUAGUUUAUGGAAGAUUGGGUUUAGCAGGAUUACGUAUGGUAAACGCUGGUUGUUUAAAAUCGUUAUCUAUUACUCGCAAGCAGUUUCAUCUGUCCGGGUGUACAGCUUCAGACAAGAGUGAGCCGGCUGCAUUUGAUUCAACUUUACUGGAUUAUUUAGUUUGUCCUCUGUCCAAGAAACCUUUAAGGUAUGAUGAGUCCAACAAUGAGUUAAUUAAUGAGGAGCUGGGGAUUGCUUAUCCAAUACUUAAUGGUAUUCCUAAUCUGAUUCCACAAGAUGCAAGAAAGAUUCGCAGAAGUGAUGACAAAACAAAGGAAGAAAAAAAUGAAUAA